UUGUGUCCUUGGAAAUAAAUGCGGGGGUAAAACCCAGUGUUCGGCAGCUUGAUGGCCUGACUGAUGCAGCGACGGUGAAGAGAAACAUGAAGAUACAAAAUAAGGACAAACAGAUGUCUACCAUCCACUUACUAAAGCACACUCCAGCUACAGCAGCCUCUACUGCCACUGACCAAAAUGCACAAACUCCAUUUCCCAGCGGACCUUUAGGCUCCAAGGACCAGAUCAGGGUCCUAGGAGGCGGGCAGAUCAAUCACUGCAUGUCCCACGCCAAGCACCCCAGGAUGGGCGAGGCGGGCACUAGUUCAGGCAGCCUCAGCCCCUGCGCCCCCUCGUCACCCCUCAAUAGCGAGGAGGACGAUGGAGGAGGCGGGCGGAGAGCGAAGAAGAAGAAACGAAAGAAAAAAGACAAAAAGGGCGAGCCUGGUGCCGGCUGGCAGCACAAGGGCUCGGAGAAGGACAACAAACCAAAGAAAAAGAGGCAGCAGAAAGAAGGGAAGGAGCUGCUGCCAUGCAAGUCUAAGGCGCCCAAGAAGUUGGAGGUCAAGGUGAAGGAGGUGAAGUCGCCGAAAGAGGCACCAAAAGAGGUGAAGAGAGGGAGGAAACCCAAGGUGCAGGCCCCGCCCCUGGCCAAGCCCCCUGCAGAAUGCAAGAGCGCCCCAUCUCCUCCCAGGCAGAGGGGCCGCAAACCCAGAGAGCAAGUCCUACAAGGGCCGGUACCAGUGGAGAAGAAGAAAAAGGGCAAGAGGAAAAGCGUGGCUGUCCUCCAGGAGGCUGGAGAGAGCGACGACGCGGCCUCCCUGUCCACGCUGGUCGUGGGGGGAGAGGAGAGCAUCGACCCCCUUGAUAACACUAAGCGUCGCUCAGGGCGACAGGUGAAGCGCAGAAAGUACAACGAGGACCUGGACUUCAAGGUGGUAGAUGAUGACGGGGAGACCAUCGCCGUGCUGGGGACAGGCCGUAUCCCUGCCCUCAACGCUGCCACUCUCGCCUGGCAGGCUGAGGAGCCACCUGAAGAUGAGGCAAACAUCAUUGAGAAAAUCCUGUCGGUUCGAACUGCGAAGAAAGAGGCAUCCCCUGAGGAGACACCUGAGGAGUCAGAGGAGUUCUAUGUCAAGUACAGAAAUUUCUCCUACCUGCAUUGUAAGUGGGCAACCUUAGAGGAUUUGGAGAAGGACCCUCGCAUACACCAAAAAAUCAAGCGCUUCAGGACUAAGCAGGCCCAAAUGAAGCACAUAUUUGUUGAGCCUGAUGAAGACCUCUUUAACCCUGACUACAUAGAGGUGGAUCGAAUUCUGGAGGUGGCCAUCACUACAGACACAGAGACAGGAGAGGAGGUGACACACUACCUAGUGAAAUGGUGCUCCCUGUCCUAUGAGGAGGCUACAUGGGAGCUUCAAGAGGACGUGGACCCGGGGAAGAUUCGGGAGUUCGAGGAAAUCAAGAGGAUCCCUGAAUACAAAUUUGUGGAGAGACCGCAGCCAGACAAGUGGCAGAAGCUGGACAAGUCCAAAGACUACCGAAAUGGGAAUCAGCUGAGAGAGUACCAGCUGGAAGGCAUGAACUGGCUGCUCUUCAACUGGUACAACAGGAAGAACUGCAUCCUGGCUGACGAGAUGGGCCUGGGGAAGACCAUCCAGUCCAUCACCUUCCUCUUCGAGAUGUUUUCCAUGGGCCUGCGGGGGCCCUUCCUCAUCAUUGCCCCCCUCUCCACCAUCACCAAUUGGGAGAGGGAGUUCCGUACCUGGACGGAGAUCAAUGUCAUCGUCUAUCACGGCAGCCAGAUCAGCCGCCAGAUGAUCCACCAGUACGAGAUGCACCACAAGGACCAGCAGGGAAAUAUAGUGUCGGGCGGGUACAAGUUCCACGGGGUGAUCACCACCUUUGAGAUGAUCAUGGCCGACUGUCCAGAGCUGAAGAAGAUCCACUGGCGCUGCGUGGUCAUCGACGAAGCCCACCGCCUCAAGAACCGCAACUGUAAACUCCUGGAGGGCCUCAAGCUCAUGAACCUGGAACACAAAGUCCUCCUGACGGGUACCCCUCUGCAGAACUCGGUGGAGGAGCUCUUCAGUCUUCUCAACUUCCUGGAGCCCCUACAGUUCCCCUCAGAGAUCCUCUUCCUAGAGGAGUUUGGAGAUCUGAAGACUGAGGAACAGGUGAAGAAGCUGCAGGCCAUCCUGAAGCCCAUGAUGCUGCGGCGGCUGAAGGACGACGUGGAGAAGAACCUGGCACCCAAGGAGGAGACCAUCAUUGAGGUGGAGCUCACCAACAUGCAGAAGAAGUACUACCGUGCCAUCCUUGAGAAGAACUUCACCUUCCUGGCCAAGGGGGCCAACCAGCAUAACAUGCCCAACCUCAUAAACACCAUGAUGGAGCUGCGCAAGUGCUGCAACCACCCCUACCUGAUCAAAGGUGCGGAGGAGAAGAUCCUGGAUAGCUUCAGGAAAACACACAGCCCCGAUGCCUGGGACUUCAACCUCCAGGCAAUGAUCCAGGCGGCGGGGAAGCUGGUGCUCAUCGACAAACUGCUGCCUAAGCUGAUUGCUGGUGGCCACAAGGUGCUGGUCUUCUCCCAGAUGGUGCGCUGCCUGGAUAUCCUGGAGGACUACCUCAUCCAGAGGAGAUACACCUAUGAGCGCAUCGAUGGCAGAGUGCGGGGUAACCUGCGCCAGGCUGCGAUUGACAGGUUCUGUAAGGUGGACUCGGACCGCUUUGUGUUCCUGCUGUGUACUCGUGCUGGGGGCCUAGGCAUCAACCUGACCGCUGCAGACACCUGCAUCAUCUUCGACUCGGACUGGAACCCCCAGAAUGACCUACAGGCCCAAGCCCGCUGCCACCGCAUCGGCCAGAGUAAAGCAGUGAAGGUGUACAGACUGAUCACUAGGAACUCCUAUGAGAGGGAGAUGUUUGACAAAGCCAGUCUGAAGCUGGGUCUAGACAAGGCCGUGCUGCAGGACAUCAAUCGAAAGGGCAGCCUCAAUGGGAUGCAGCAGAUGACCAAGAUUGAGGUGGAGGACCUGCUGAGGAAGGGGGCAUAUGGAGCGCUGAUGGACGAGGAGGACGAGGGCUCCAAGUUCUGCGAGGAGGACAUCGACCAGAUCCUGCAGCGCCGCACACAAACCAUCACCAUUGAGACAGAGGGCAAGGGCUCCACCUUCGCCAAGGCCAGCUUUGUGUCUUCUGGAAACAGAACUGAUAUUUCCCUGGACGAUCCCAACUUCUGGCAGAAAUGGGCCAAAAUAGCAGAGCUGGAGAUUGAUUCCAAAGCAGAGAAGGAGAGCCUGGUGAUUGACACGCCUCGCGUGAGGAAGCAGACACGCCACUACAACUCGUUCGAGGAUGACGAGCUGAUGGAGUUCUCAGAGCUGGACAGCGACUCAGAAGAGAGGCCCUGUCGCACCCGCCGCCUCAGCGAGAGGAACAGACACUACCUCCGCGCCGAGUGCUUCCGCGUCGAGAAGAACCUGCUCAUAUUCGGCUGGGGUCGCUGGAAGGACAUCCUGACCCACGGGCGCUUCAAGUGGCAACUGGCCGAAUGUGACAUUGAGGUGCUGUGCCGGUCGCUGCUGGUCUACUGCGUGCGCCACUACAAGGGCGACGACAAGAUCAAGAGCUUUAUCUGGGACCUCAUCACACCCGCCAAGGAUGGCCAUAAACAGGACUUGCAGAACCACUCUGGUCUGUCGGCCCCAGUGCCCAGGGGACGCAAGGGUAAGAAAUUAAAGAACCAGCUGAGUGUGCCUGAGAUGAAGCAUGCAGACUGGCUGGUCAACUGCAACCCAGAGGUGGUGCUGCAUGAUGACAGCUACAAGAAACACCUCAAACAGCACUGCAACAAGGUACUUCUGAGGGUGAGGAUGCUGUACUACCUGAAGGCGGAGGUCCUGGGAGAGGCUGCUGCCCAGUUCCUGGAGGGUAUUCCUGCCAGUAAACUGGAGGUGGCACUGCCUGACAUCGACUACAUCGAGAUCCCAGCAGGCUGGUGGGAUGCAGAGGCAGAUAAGUCUCUCCUCAUAGGAGUACACAAACACGGGUACGAGCGGUACAACGCCAUGCGGGCCGACCCAGAGCUGUGUUUCUUGGAGAGGGUGGGCAUGCCUGAUGUCACAGCGCUCUCAGCCGAGCAGAGUGGAGGAGAGGUGAUGGCUGACCUCACUGACAGUAAUUGCAAAAGUGAUGACGUGAAAGACGAUCCUGAAAGCAAGCAAGAGGAGGGAGAGGAGGGAGUGGAAAGGGUUGAUAAUAAGGAUGAAACCAGCUCCAGCAAUGAUGCAAUGGACAAGCAUGACAUUGUUGUUCAAGACAUAGGACACAGGGUCCAGGAGGGCUUUGGCCAGGAAGAAUUGGGCCACGAGGGCAUGGAGCUGAAGGGUCGCCCUCUGUGGCCCGCCGGCCCUAAUCUUACUGCCAGGCUGCGUCGCCUCAUCACAGCUUACCAGCGCUUCAUGCGGCGCGAGCCCCUGCGUCAUGACUUCUUGCUGCCAGGGGCAAGCCCGGGACCGAUGUCCUGGCAACUGGGGGAGGAGCUUAGGCACUGCACGGCAACCGCUGCCAAACCUGACCCUCUCUUCCUGGAGUGGCAGAGAAGGUGGGUGAUGAUGUCAGAGCAAAGGUGGACACGGCGUGAGCAAGCAGAUUUCUACCGCACCGUGUCGUCGUUCGGCGUGGUGUACGACCCAGAGAAGAAAACCUUUGACUGGAGUCAGUUCCGCUCCUUCGCCCGGCUGGAGAGGAAAACGGACGAGAGCCUGGAGAGAUACUUCAGCAGCUUUGUGUCCAUGUGCCGCACCGCCUGCAGAUUGCCCCCCAGGAAGGACGAAGGGCCUCUGGACCACAAUCUGUUUGUAGAGCCCAUCACGGAGGAGCGAGCAGCACGCACUCUCUACCGCAUCGAACUGCUGCGCAAGGUCAGAGAGCAGGUACUGCGCCACCUGCUGCUGGGCCCACGGCUGCAACUGUGUCGGCCCAGCCUUUACCUGCCCGUGUGGUGGGAGUGUGGCAAACACGACCGCGACCUCCUGAUUGGGGCAGCCCGUCACGGUCUUAGCCGCACCGACUACUACAUCCUCAACGACCCACAACUCUCCUUCCUGGAGGCCCACCGCAACUACGUCCAGAAGGAAAAUCACAAGGGCUACCAUCCUGGGGUGCACCACGCAGGCAUGACGCCCUCGCCCCACCACCACCCCUGCUGCCUGUACGAAACGGGCCUCGGCCAAUGCCACUCUCCCCAGCCGCCGGAGUACCACCACCCAGCCACCCCCUCCUCCUCCUCGUCGAUCCAUGCCCAUUCUCACCCGCACAUCCACGUCCAUGGUCACCCGCCAGAGAUAGUAGGCACGGAUCCCGGGGGCAGCCUAGGUAUGGUGUCUGGGCCCAGGGAGAGCUUCCUGGACUGCCCCCCUCUGGAUGAGUCCUUAGAGUUGGCCUCACUGCAGCAAGAGGGCCUGGCCUCAGAUUCCCUCCAUUGCAAGUCUGCCAAGGAGGCCUUCAACGGGUUCCCCUUCAACUCAGCGCAGGGUGGCCAGAGCAUGCUCAACUCGUAUGGUGUGCAGGGGGAGCUGAAUGGCGAGCAGUCGACCGAAAUGGACCCUAUCAUCUCGGGCAAGCUGCGCAGCGACGUGUUGGUGGGGGAGCAGGGCUCCUCUGAGGAGACGGGCCUCAUGGCUCCCUCGCUGGAGCUGGACCAGGAGCUGCAGGCACCCUGGGAGAGCACGGACCACGCCGGCACCGCAGAUAUUUUCAACGACGCUGACCCUAUCCUGGGGGCGCCCGCCCUUGAGACUGAGUUCCUGGACCCCGAAGAGCAGCAGGAAGAUGGGGGAAGGGAGGACAGAGCAGGGGGAGUGCUUGAUGACUGCCUGGGUAUCCCCCCCUCCCGGAGCGACCCAGGGGAACCGCUACCCUCCAGUUUUAUGCUGUUCAAGGACAUCGGCGUGAGCGAGGAGGAGCCUGCUGAGGAGCACACCGACCUCUCCGCAAGCUGCCCUUCACCCUACGUCCCCCCUCCGCCCCUGUCGCUGUCCCAUAUGACCUUAUACCCCCACCACCAGGGUGAUGCCGAGGAGCCAGAGGAGAAGCUGAGCAACUCGGACGCCGACGCCCACAUGCCCAGCUCCAAGGAGAGAGAGGCAGAGGAUGAUGUGGCCUUUGAGUUUGACAAAGAGAUGUCUGUGGACAGUCUGUAUCUGGUGGGGCCGGAGCACGGCCUGGAAGCAUCAGGUAUAUCAUGCGAGGACUCUCACCAAGAGGAGCCCUUCGAGGGUGCCUGCGAUGGGACGGGUAUGGGAUCUCCAGUAGAGUCAUUUGAGGCUGCUCUAGAGGGGCCAAGGGAAGAGACUUUAGAAAGGGACAUGGCCUUAGGGCCAGGGGAGGAGGAGCUUCUAGAAGGGCAGUUUGAAGAACCCCUGGAGAUGUCAGCCAUGGAUCCCCAGGAGGAGGAACCAGUGGAGGGGCCUCUGGAAGACUCUUGUAAAGACCCAGCACUAGAAGAACCAUUCGCAGGGCCAUUGGAGGAGCGUUACGACGUGGAACCAGAAGGGGCCUCCGAGGGGCCUGCCGAAGCGGAGAGCACUUUCAGCGAACACACACUACCCACUGUUGAUACAACAGACUCUCUGCCCCCGUCCCCCUCAGUCCCCACGUCCCAGCCUGAGCCACAGAUCAAACUGGAGUUCCCUCUGGACCCAGAGAGCUCUGAGAGCAAGUCGGACAUCCUGGAGCCUGACAGCACUGUCCUCACGCCCAAACUGGAGCAGACAAAGGGGCUGCUGGAAGUGAAGGACGAGAUCGAGGAGAGGCCCCAAAAAAGGGGGAAAACUCCAGCCUCCGUGGUGGACAGCUAUGUAGAGGUGGCACGGUUUGCAGCCCCCAUGUCCAUGUGUGAGAUGCCUGACAGUCUGCAGGAAGCGAGGGAGCCUACCAUCGCCCAACUGCUGCAGGAGAAAGCCCUCUACUCCUUCUCUGAGUGGCCAAAGGACCGGGUGAUCAUCAACCGCCUGGACAGUAUAUGUCACGCCGUCUUGAAGGGGAAGUGGCCCUCGUCCAGCCAGCAGUAUGACUCUCCCAGCUCUCUGGCAAACACCUGUGUGCCCAACAGUGUGCACCAGAGGGCUGGCUUCAUCUCAACCAGGGUACAGCCAUCCCAGAACCUUAACUUCAACAUCCCAGCCCCUUCUGUCACCCGCCUGCCCAAGUACAAGCAAAGAGGUGCCGGAGAAUGCAGCCCAGGAGGCUGGAGGUUGACAUCCUUGCCUCUCUUGCAGGAGAGGCUGGUGGCGCCGCCCUAUCUGCCCGAACUAAAGCGGGGUAGGCGGUCGUUUGAGUACGAGGGCGUGGUGCUCAGCAAGCAGUGCCACUCAGGGGAGAAGAUGCCCCUAACGGUGCCGCACCGAGGCGGGGCGCUGCUGCUCAACGGCUGGCAGGAGGCGGCCAUGGACCUCUCCAAGGCCGGGGAUCUGGGCAUUGGGGGCGAAGUUGCAGCCACUGUAGACCACAUGAGCCACCAGGUCCACCCUAGUUCCCACAAACUGCCUGCCAUGGGCGCCAUGCAGAGUGUCAUUCAGAGUGCCAUGCAGGGCUCGGUGGGAGUAGACAUGGCCGGGAUCCUGCAGGCAGGUCUCAUCCACCCCGUCACCGGCCAAAUCGUCAAUGGCAACCUGAGGCGCGACGAUGCCUUCAUGCGCCGAAGGCGAGGCAGACGGAGAAACGUGGAGGCUGUCGACAUGGGGUUUGUCAAGAGCAGAGGAAUGCACGUGCCGGAACAACAGGGUAGGGUAGAAGUCAUCAGCCAUUCUGCGGUGUCGUCCACCUCCUCCCCACCGGAGUGCUCCCCGGGACCCUCCACACCCACCCAGCCAGAGGUGGUGGCCAUCGACAGAGAGGCUGCCAACAAGGGCCUGAUGGAAUGGCUACGGCAGAAUCCUAACUACAACAUGGAACUGCCCACUUUUGCACCGUCUCCUGGCGCAGCGAUGUUGCACAGCUUUGUGGAGCGGCCCAAACAGCGGAGACAUCGCUGCAAAGACCCCACCAAGCUGGACGUCAACUCCCUAACAGGGGAGGAGAGGGUGCCCGUGGUCCACAGAAGCACUGGCCGCAGGCUUGGGGGUGCUAUGGCUCCAGCAAUCAAGGAGCUCUCCCGAUGGCUGGACGCAAAUACUGAGUACUACGUGGCACCCGACUGGGCAGAUGUUGUGAAACACUCUGGCUUUCUUCCCGAGGGAAAGUACACGCGCAUACUCACAGAGCCCGUGUGCCGCGACCAAGGGCCCCGCCGCCGGGGCCGUCGUCCUCGCAGCGAGAUGCCCAAGCCCCUCCUCUCGGAGUCACCCAUGGGCCCACUCUUCAUGAACGGCAGCCUGAUCGGCAGCAUGGACUUGGUCAGCCUCCAGAACCUCCGCAAUGUCCAGGGCAUCCCACUCACGGGCCUGAUGGGAUUCCCCCAUGGCUUUGCCGUGUCCGCUGGUGAAGAUGCCAAGAACGGCCUGAGCAUGCUUCCCAUGAUGCUCCACGGCAUACAUGGCUCCCCCCACAUGUUCAGUGUUCAGGGGCUGAUGGGGCAGCCGCCCACAAGCUCCGCUCCCACCUCCUCAGCGGCUGCAGUUAGCACCACUACGGCUUCCUCCGCGGCCAGUAGCCCCUCACGAGGCCCCAGCCAGGCGUCUUCGAGCACACAGGCAGAUGGCUCCGGCAUGCAGUCUGACGGAGAGAGAAAGAGGGAGGACAAGCAGUCGACAGAGGAAAAGCAGCUAGGUGCGAUAGGCAGCCACAGCAUCGCAGCCAUCACCACUGCGGCGGCCAGCAGCAGCAGUGGCGUCAGCAGUAGCAGUGGCAGCCACCUGGCCUUCAACCCUUUCCUUGUUCCAGGGUUGUCCCAUGGACUGCUGUACCCUCACAUGUUCCUCCCACACGGGGGCAUCAUGGCGCUGCCAGGCAUGCCGCCCACAGAGUCCUCCGGCAGCCCUAAGAGGAAGAAGAAAAGAACAAGGGAGGAAGAGGUGGUGGAGGAGGCAAGCAGCCACAGCCACUUACAGACAGACAGUGGGCUUCCGAAAACACCCAGCGAUGGUCAGACUGGGGAGAGCACGGUUGACCAGGCCGGGCCGGAGGCUAGGGAGCAUCAGAUGGAGGACAACGUUCAGGAGGAGGUCACGGGACACGACUCCCAUGCUUCUCCAGAGGUCAACCCAGAGAAGAGCAUUGAAGAGGAGAGAGAAACAAAGGAGAAUAGAGUGAUGGGGGAGGAAAAACUGCCUAGAGAUGAGGAGGAGAGAGAGCCAAGGGGGGCACAGGAUUCACAAUAGACAUCUCCCUCUUUCUUACCGUGCAAAAGUGUAAAGUUUGUGGUGUGUAAGUUAAUGUUCCUGUAAAGACUUUUAUUAUCCACUUAAUGUUUAUAGAGCUCCUGCCCUGUAGCAAACUUGUGAUUAUGUUAUACUGUAUAUACCCACACAUGCUCCAUUCAAGAACUUCAUGAAAGUGAUGGACACUCCUGCAUGCAAACACACACUUGCAAGCAACUGAAGGGAGGACCUGCUAAUCAGUAUUACAUGGUUGUCACAGAUCAAGCAGCCUUGACGGUCUGCUGUAUCAUGAUCGUGGCACUUUAAAGCUGCAAUAUGUAACUUUUUGGGCAUCCUGACCAAAUUCACAUAGAAAUGUGAGAUAUAGAUCUGUCAUUGUCAUUGAAAGCAAGUCUAAGAAGCGGUAGAUCUGUUCUGUGCGCUACUUCUAUGCUCCCCGUUCUUAAGUUUUGUUCUUGCGUCUUUUAUUUUGUUUUGUACACCAGCUUCAAACAGCUGAAAAUAAAACAUUUUUGGUUAUUGAAAGUACACUAUCAUUCAAAGUUCAAAGUUUGGGGUCACUUAGAAAUGUCCUUGUUUUUUAAAUAAAAGUGCAGUAUUGACAUUGUUAAUGUUGUAAAUUACUAUUGUAGCUGGAAACGGCUGAUUUAAAAAUAUAUAUAUUAAAAAA